AUGGCGACCGAUUACUCCAAAAAGAAAGUCGCAGAACUUCAAGACCUCCUGAAAACACGUAACCUCCCCCACACAGGCAAGAAAGAUGACCUCAUAUCUCGCCUCCAAGAGAACGACGCAUCUAAAGAGAGUCAAAGCACAGUAAAACCCUCACCAGACAAGAGCGAUGAAAUAGACGACGUUGACUGGACUGCCGACGCCGCCGCUGCAUCCACAGAGGCCGGCUCUACAGCCAUUGCGGCGGGUGGAAAAGGCCAAGUGCCAAACCCAACCGCAGUACCCAAUCAAGCCACUGCUACCGACCCCUCGAAAACAACCGACCUGAAAGUAGACCCACCGAAAGCAGACAGCGAGGACAAGAAAGAGGAGCCAUCCAAGCCGGCAACAGAUUUCACCUCAGGUCUGCAAGAGACGAGCGUGGAUGACGAGAUAGCAAAGCGUCAAAAGCGCGCGCAGAGGUUCGGCAUACAAGAGGAGGCGAAGAGCGAGGAUGCGCAGAAAGCGCUGGACCGGGCGAAGAAAUUUGGGACCGAGACGCAGACACAGGAGGUGAAGGGUUUGGAUCAGGCGCUGCCAGAACGGAGUAGGAAGAGGGGAAGGGGUGGUGAUGAGGGGAGAAGAGGUGGUGGCAAGAGAUCGAGGGGAGGAGCUGGUGGUGGAGGGGGGGGAGGGGGAGGAGAGAAGGCGAAUUGGAUGAGUGAGAAGGAUCGGUUGGCAUCCGAGGCAAGGAAAAAGAAAUUUGGUCUUGCUAGCUAG